AUGAAUUGCAAGGAUUGGAACAGUAGAGAUAGGAUUAGACUGGUCUAUUUAUUUUUGGUAUGUCGAUUUUUGCUAGCUCGUCAUCCGRGGACAGAAAUAGUUGCAGAAGCAGCCUUAUUAGUUCUUAACCGUGAAAAGUUUGAAGCAUAUCCAUGGGGAAGAGUAGCCUUCCAACAUCUAAUUGAAUCAAUCGUUCAAGCUAAGCCGGAUUUGAGCAACGACUCAUAUUCUGUCAACGGCUUUGUCCAAGUAUUGCAGGUGUGGGCGUAUGAAGCUAUUCCUGCGAUUGGUAAGAAAUGUGGAAACCCAAGGAAAGAUAUGAUGGAGUUUCCACCACUCUGGAGAUGGAAGGGAUCGAGAAAAAGAUGUAAAUUUGAUCUUCCUCAAUACAGAGAAGCGGUUUUCGUCAAAGGUGUUAUGAAAAAUGUUAUGGAGGAUUUAUGGGUUAAUGAAGUGCAAGAUGAGGAGGUAGAUAGUAUGUUGUUGCUUAUAUCUGGAAGCUCGGAUCAAACCUUUGAGAAACAUUUUUGGGAAGAUAAAGGACUGAUAUAUGGAGAAGAUGAGCAAAUAAACAAUGGAGAAGCWAAUGGCAGAGAAGCUACAAAAAGAGAUCUCUACCCACGUAGAUGGUGCUGUUAA